GGCGACAACUCUAACCGGAAACAAACAGCUGUUGGGAACCACAGAUGAUGUAGCAGUGUUUCAUCAUUUUGGAAGAUAGAAGAUGAAUUCAGCUCCGUUAUCAAUGGUUUAUAGAUGUGAUAAACAGACAUCCAAACUUUCCCAACAGCUGAAACAUUUCUACAGCUGUGGUGAAUUCUGUGAUGUUAUAUUAUACUCCAAAAGUUCACAGAUUCAUGCCCAUCGACUAAUUCUAGCAGCAUUUAGCCCUUAUUUUUACCAUUGCAUACACCGAAAUACAGAUAGGAGAAAUAUAGCAGAAAUUCAGCUGAGAAGUUAUGAUGAUCGAAUAGUAAAAUCUAUCGUAGAUUUUUUCUACAAUGGAGUAAUAACUGUUGAUUCUGAUUCUGCAGAACAGAUUUUCUCUCUUGCCAAUACUCUUCAAGUGAAAGAAGUAGAGAAGUUGUGCUUAACCUUUUUAAAUGCACAACAGUCUUUUGCUUCUGAGAUUGAAGACAGAAAACCACAUUUUGACACCGAGAUUGGACGUUACAGCAUUGUUGAGCCCUCUAAAGUUGAGAGUUCUAGCCGUUCAAGUCCAAGAACUAGUCCUAGUGUAUCUACCUCAGGAAGACCACUGUCAGAUUCUGGAUCGAUAGAGACAGUGGAUAGUGAUGUUGUUAAUAUCAAAACUGAAGUGCAAGAUUUCUCUUAUGAAGCACUACAAGAUGACUACAGAGAGUAUUAUAGAGAAGGGAGAAAAAAAGAUAGUGAAGGCAAAAUUAAACUAACAAAGACAGUUGUUGACAUGUCACACAUUCAACCAAAAUUGACAGGUCAAUCCGUUAACUAUUCCCAACAAUACAUGUUUGUAAGACCCUCUCAACCACCACCACCACCCACCUUACAGAUGAUGGCACCUCAGAGAGAUUCAGAAAAGUCAAAUGAUGCAGAAAUGUCCGAGCCAAACAAUUCAUCUAGCACCUCAGCUAAAAACCAGCAAUAUCAGUCUAGUGAAGAGGGUAGUGCUGAUGCCAGUCAGCAGGAGUCAGAUCUAUUUUCAGGAACAUUAGAAGCUAUGUUUGAAUGUCAAAUUUGUAAACAAAUGUUUGUUGCUAAGCAUUUGUUAGAAAUGCAUAUGGUGGGUAUACAUGGUUUUGCUAAUCUUCUGAAUCAUCAGCAGAAGAAGCGACAGCGUGUUUCUCCAGGGGAGGUAAGCCCUGAUUUUGUAGGAGGAAUGCAGUGUGACACUUGUGGAAAGUAUUUCAGAGAUGCUCAGUCUUUGAAAUUCCACAAGUACAACCACAUACUUAGAUUUUCCUGUAAUGUAUGUGGAAAAAGGUUCUCAAGAAGUUGGAAUUUACAUCGACACAGGAAAACUCAUGUGCGUUAUGGGGAAGUCAUCUUGGAUAGUGGGGAAGAUGACAGUAUGAUGGAGAAUAUUUCAGCAGAGUAUGUGGAUGAAAUCAGCUCUGAAAUGGUGGAUCUGACCAGUAAUGUAGAAGAUGAUGCAGAUUCUUCUCUGUCUUCUAUGAAUACAUCACAAGAUAUACCUAGUGAAAAAGGUGAAGAAGAGAAAAAGGAAGAAGAGAAAAGGGAAGAAUCGGCAUCAGAAGAGAAAGAAUCAGCAUUGGAAGAACAAGAAUCAUCAUCAAAAUAAGCAUUCUUUUUUUUUCUUUUUAAUUAGAAAACAUGUAUGUACUUAGGAAAAGCUUUCUUAAUAUGUCCAAAAGAAUGUUAUCAUCAUUUUCAAUGUCAUAUACGACUUAUUUGUGUUAGUUUACAAAAGCCUAAAAUAGAUCAAUGUAGGAAAUUUUCUAUUAAGAGAACAUUUUCUAACACCUGUACAAUAACUAAUGGAAGGUUAUUAAGAAUGUUAUUGUAGGAAUUCUAUCUAUCCAAAACAACUCAGCUAUUUACAAUUCUAUAGGUUGAUGCAGACAUCUUUUUUUCUGUCAUUUUUCAAAACUAUUUUAUGCAAAUGUAUGCCAUAUUUUGUCUGAUUAAAAGUUUUAAUUGUUUGAAUCUUUGCUGCACAUUUUGGAAAUAGUAGACAUUUAAGACUUGUAUGUUUAUUGUCAAAAGAAAGUUUUAAGCAUAUAGGGCUCAUUGAUUAAGUAUGUUUAUCAAUGUACUGUUCAUUGUAAGGUAAGAGCUUUUAUAUUGAGCAUAUUUGGAGAUACUUGAAACUUAAUAAACAAUCCCUUACAUUUUGUAAAUGAGAUGUUUUUCUCACAGCUAAUGGAACUCUUUUGAAGCUUUUUUUAAACAAAAUUAAAUUCCAAUUUGUUCAAAACUUUUCAUUAAAGUUAUAAAUCAUACAAUGUCAGGAUGUUCAAAUAUAUAUUUAUAUUUUAAAAAUGAUUUUUAAGAUUGUUAUCACGAAAUUUAGACUUUGUAUUGUAGGGAAAAUUUUUACAUCAUUUUGAAUUGUUGUUAUCUUAAAAUUUUGUACUUACUGUUUUAUUUCAUUUCCUGUUGAAAUGUGAAAGAAAGGGUUUCAAGCUUUAAAAUGAAAUCAAAUAUUGCUUCAUCAUGCAGUGAUGCUUCAUAUACAUGAUUUUCACUUAUCUUUGUUAUUUUGCACCAAAAUAUUUUUUAAUAUCUUAGCAUACAUGUACUUAAAAUUUCAAAACUCCACAAAAAAUGGGAUAACACAAAAUUAACAGCGCUUAUGGUGAUCAUAGGCUGACCAGUUUAGGUCCUUUGUGGACCUAAUUCAGAUUUCAAAACUUCACUGAGGAAUAUUCAAAUAUCUUGAAAUAACAAGGAAAUAUUUAAACAUCCAUUUCUUCAAAGGUGGAAAUUGAAUUAGGUUUAUCUAUUUUUUUUAUCAACUUUUUAAUUUGUGGUUUUAUUUUCAAUAAGAAAAAGAAAUACAUUAUGAUCCUAGUGAUCUAAUUGGAAUUCAUUGUUUUUAUUGAACCAGUGUUUUAAAGAUGGCUGUCAAAUACUGGUUUUACAAAUACAAGGUGAUUAAAAUGAACUCUGAAUGGGACUUAUCUUUGAAUUUUCUCAUUAUUAUAACGCCACCCAGUGGCCAGGUCAUAUAGCAUUACCAAUGUCCAUCAUUUUUUAACCCAACAGUUGUUUCUUUCUUUAUGCUUGUUGUUAUUCAGUUGGUUUAUAAGGUGAUACUGAUGAGUUACAGAUAUUCAUUUAGUUUGAAUUUUAUUUCAAAUGAUGUACUUGUCACAGAAUUACUGUGUCAUUUUACAGGCCAGGGCAUUUGUGUUGAUCUGACAUGUGUACGAUAGUCUGAAUCACUCUGAAUCUUUAGAAAUUCCCACCAAAAGCAUCCUUCAAAAAUGUCCAAUGGUGAUAUUUAAUAGUUACAAAUUUUUAGUUUUAAUUGAGAACCAAAUAUAUGCAUUCAUACAGUCUACAAUGUGCAUUAUAUUUUUUUUUAAUGUGGAAGUUAUUAGUGCAUUCUCAAGUUACUAAUUUGAAUAAAUAAUCUUUUUAUAGGAAUAAAAAUGUGUGAAUGAGACAACAAAUGUGUGAUUUUCAAACAGUUUGUAUUUGAAUGUGUGUGUAUUAAAAUCAUAUAGAUUUUAUUCCAUUCUGUUAUAACAAGUGCUUUCAUGAUAAAAAAAUUUUAAGAAGGUUUUAUAAAAUAAAUACGUUUUAUAUAAUGAAAAAAAUAUUUGAGGUCUAAUUGAUUUUUACAUCUACAAUGUUUUUCAUGAAUUAUGAUUAUUUAAUUUUUUGCAUGUAUUUAUGAAAAAUUUCCUGUGUAUUGUGUAAUGGUAUUUAGCAAUCACUUUAUUCAAUAUUUAAGAUACCAAACAAUGACCUCAUUCAACAUUUUAGAAGGCAAGUCAUUGUAUUGACAUAAAAAUUAACGACUAUAUUCAAUGUUUUAGAUUGCCAAAUAUAGUACUUUGACCUGUACACAAGUCUAUGUUGUGCAAGCAUUCACAUAGAAUUCGAAACAUUCACAAAAAAAAAAAAGAUUAAUCAGCAUCCUUCUAACAGAGCAAAAAUUCUGAAAAUGUUUAGAUUCAUAUAAUUAGUAGGUGAUAAACCCGUAUUAUGAAAGAAGAAAAAAUAUUUUAGAAAACUGAAUUUUUAAGUGUCUUUCAAGAUAUUUUGAAGAAGUUCAAUGAACUAUAUAAACAUAUAAUCAUAGAAAUAUAUUGAAUAAAAAGAAGAGCAAAAAAUAAAAUCUUGAGCAACAAAAUUAGACCUCAUAAUAUAAUUGAAUCCACAAUAAUCAUGAAAAGAAAUUUGCAAAGAAAGUAGCCAGUUCAACAAAAGGAUGGAGAUUUUAUUAAUGUCAUUAAGUUUUGAAUUAUUUGUUUUGGUUGUAUAUUUAUUUACUCUUGAGUUGUGCGUUCAUUCAUAUCCAUUUAAGACAUUACAAAAUGUAAACCUGAUCAGAAUGAAUGUGUUUUAAGUAGAAAAUAGCAAUAAAGACCACAUGGUGACCUUAAGAUGUCUAUUUUUGUGAACUUUUGUUGUUGGGUUGUAAUUCUACGACAUUUACCCUUCACUCUCCUUUCAUUCAUGCAUAUUUGCUAUUGUAAAGUGGUGCAAUAUCUACAGAUCAUGUUGUAAUGUAGAUAUUAAAAUAUGAACAUGUAGGUGCUAAAUUUAAGAGAACUGUGAGGGUCAGCCCACUGGCCAAUCUAUUAUAAUUUAAAAAAUCUACUUGAUGUGCAACAGUAUAAAGUACCAUACCCAUAACCAGUAUUAGGGUAAGAAUACCAAUCAGAUCCUUAGAUGCUCUACUAAAGCUGUUAGAAACAUUUAGUACUAAAGUAAUAGGUUCAUUCUUUCAAUUUGUAUUGAACUAGGUAUCAUAUACCUAAAAACCCUUGGGUGUACAAUGUAUAUAUUUAGAUUCUUAUUUCAUGUGGAAAAUGGUCAGGUUUACAGUUGUGUUGUAUAUAAAUCACAAUUUUAAUCAUUUUUAUUUUUAUUGCCCCAUUAUGUACAGAAUUGUAUCUAGUCUAUUCAUUUUAAUGCAUGUUUAUUUUGGAUAUUUUACUGGUGUGGGAUAAGAGUAGUUGUGAUAGACAAAAUACACAUUUAUCAUGAAAGGCAUUUUACAAGUGAGAUGUUUGUAAAGUAAUAUAUUUUAUAUAAUAGUGUAUAUUACAUAUACUUGAUAUUGUAUUGUACUUAAAUGGUAUGGGAAUGAGUUGAUUUAUAUAAUGAUGAAUUAUGUAUAUACAAAAUUCAUUACAAUAAUCAGAAAUAAACAUUAAGAUUUA